AAACAAAACGCUGCUAGGCCACGCGACGUGUUCAUCUCAUGGACAGCUAACAAUCCCCUGUCACGGCGUCCUCGGAUAACCCUCUGGGUUUGUAAAAUGGAGUUCGGUCAUCGAAAAUUGAAUGAAAAAUGCAGUUGUUGCAGGCUUGCAGCCAGGAACAAGGACACAGACGAGGGAGAAAAUAAUGCAAAAGGAAACAAAAAGACGAGCUCUGAGUAAGUGGUCUACAUCACAUUGACUUGUGAGCAACCAGGGCUCGCGUCGUCGGUUGCAUAAUAAAGCUUCUGGAGGAGUAGUACUAGUUGUUUGUACCACACAGUUUGCCAGAGAUAGCGAGGGAGAGGAGGGGAGGGAGGAGGCGGCGGCGCGCCAUCACUCUGCCUGCCCUGCCCUGCUGAUCCGGAGGACGAAAGCGAGGAAAGUCGCAAACUUCAUCAAUGGCGACUCCCACCACCUACUCGGUCCGCGUCUCCUCGGAGACCCAUAAGGUCGAGGAAUGGCUGACGUCUGACGAAGCUCUGGCCUGGCAGCUGCAGGAGGAGGAGAACACGCGCAACGCCGCUGCCGACACCAGAGAAUCCGCCGGUAACGUGUCCUUGGAGGCAUCGUCACCGGCUGUUGAGUACAGGCCUGCGCAGAAUGCAGCUCAGGUGGCACGGGAAGACAAUGUUGACCCUGAUAAUAUGUCUUACGAGCAACUACAAGCAUUAGGGGAAGCAGUAGGAACUCAGUCCAGAGGGUUAUCUGAUGACCUGAUAGCUUACUUGGAGCCAUUUAGGCACAAGUGCACCUUUUUCUCGAGGAAGAAGAACAAUGAAGAAUGUGUGAUCUGCAAAACGACCUAUAAAAGCCGACAGAAGAUGAUAAGACUACCCUGCAGCCAUUGUUAUCAUGCAAACUGCAUAACUCGGUGGCUUAAGAUCAACAAGGCAUGCCCAGUCUGCAACGAGGAAGUAUUUGGAUGAACUAAGAGGCUCCCGGCAAAUACUGCAGCUUCAUCGUUGGCAGUUGGCCCCUAUGGCCCAUGCUAUGUGAUUAUGUGAGAUGAGACUAGUAGGGAUCCUUUGCUUAUGAAAACUGUUUGUUGGUUAGCACGUGCUGCUAACUGUACCUGUUUUUUUUUUUUUUUGAGGGAGUACCUGGUCUUGUUUGGAAGACGCGUCUAUGAAUCUUAAAUGUGUGGGUACAGUACCUCGGUUGCCAGUUUUCUGUCUAUGCAACCAAGGAGGAUUCCUUUUCUUUUGAGAAAGUAAAGCAGGAGUAGUUCAAUAUUAUGAUAUGUACUGUAUGUCUCUGUAUUUUCCCCAUUUCUACAUGAUUUGAUUCUGGGAAGAAAAAAAAA